AUGGCUUUAAAACUCGAAACAAGAAAAGCAAGUUUAUGGACAAGUAAUCUGAGGCCCGCGGUGCUUACCGCACGCGCAACUUCCAACAACUCAUCCUCGUGGCUUCCGACGGACCAUUCCGGCGCAUUCCUCCAUCUUUGUUUUGAUCCUCAAAAUUUAAAAGCAACACCAACCUCAUCUCAAGAGCCCUUCUUAGUAUCGUCAUAA